AUGAGAUUUUAUCCGUACCUCUUCUUUGCACCAACUGCUGCAGUCGCCUUAGCUCAAGUCGUCCAUCCUCUGCACCGGACCGCUUCCGAUAUACAGCAGCAGCAACAACGGCAGCCGCAGCCGGCCAACCACGCGCAAAUCCCACUUGUGAAGCCUGCCGGAGGACUCGGCCCAGCCAUGCCACCUUCCGGAGCGCCUCAAACAGACGGCCCCGCAAACGCGGGGGGCGGCGGCCCAGUCAUGCUUUCAGAUGUCAUGGGACGGGAUAAGAGCAUCAACCUCUUUGCAGGCUUCCUUAGGAACAUCGAGUCUCCGUCUCAGCGUUUAGACGAUCCAGCCAGGAACACGACCGUGCUCGCACCCCUUAACUCGGCCGUAGAAAACCUUCCACGGAAGCCAUGGGAAGAUCCGAAAGACUACAGCGCUUUGGGCACGAAUGCGUAUGAAGGCGAGGAUGGACAGGGACGAGCGCAGCGCAACCUGCGUAGGUUCGUUGAGGCUCAUUUGAUUCCAACCAGCCCAUGGCCGGCUGGCGAGAAGGUUAAGCCGGUGGGUGGUGAUACGGAAAUCUGGUGGGAGGAGAAGGAUGGUGUGAAACGGAUCCAACCGGGAGAUAUUGAAGUUGUCAGUGUAGGCAGCACUGUCGUCAAUGGCGAAGUGUGGAUCUUGAAAGGCGUUCGGAAUUAUACCGGAUAG